GUUGAGAGGACUUGGAGACAAAGAGUGAAAGGCAAGGGGACCCUCACCCAUGUUAAUUGAUGAAUAAGCCAAAGUGACUAUCUCCAUCAUCCCUACACCCAUAUGCUCGACCCAUCCUCCAUCUAAAGAGUAGGAAUCUCUGCAAAAAAAAACUCCAUUUUCAUCCACCAUUCACGCACCAAGCAAGGGGAGGAAGAAAGGAGGAAAGAGGAGAAGAGAAAAGAGGAGUUAAGGUGGGAAAACUUGUGAUUUACAAGGUAUUUCAAGAACUUUCACGGAGUUGAAAGGGGCGCCGGAGUUGUCGCCGGAGUUCGUUGAAGUUCACCGGAGUUUCACCGGGGCUAAAUCGGAAAGGCUAGAACUUCAUAGGCUUCAAUAAGGUUGAGGCUAGAGUCCUGCUACCUGCACCUUUGCCCAGGGUGAACUCAAAUAAGGAAGACGUGAAAUGGAGGGUAGAGGCAUGGCUACGAGGAACAACCCGAGAGGGCAAACUCCGGUGACGUCCGAAGGGGCUAGCCAGGUUGCAUCUCGGGGCGCGAGAGGCGGUAGGAGAGGCCGUGGAGGCCGUGGAGGCCGGGGAGGCCGUCGGGCUCAAACCGUGAGCGAUGGCCAUGUUAGCUCGGUGCAUGGAACUCACACCGAGGAUUAUGACUCUACCUAUGUUCCCGAGACGGAACAUGAGGAGACCCCAUAUGAUGGGGGUGAUACGUAUACUGAUGAUGACAACGAUGAGAGUGAUGCCAAAUUCGCCCAGAUGGGUGAACUGUUUGAGUGGUAUCAAAAGGAGAAGUUGAG